AUGUGCACAUCUGCGAUUGCGGGGCCGAGAUUAACCCGCGAAUUUCGCGUGUCGUGCUUUGCGUAUUUUUGUGCAAAAAUUUUUUGGGCGGAUUUGGGCGAAAAUCGGUCAUAAAUAUCGCAGUUUGUGUCGUUCAGCAUCACUCAUAAACAGCUGCAAAUAUGGCCCAAAACGCGGAUCUUAUCAAGCAGGCAAUGUUCGAGGAACUGCAGAAAAUUCUCAACCCCGAUGGCGAUAUCCGGCGGCAGGCAGAGGAAAGACUGGCCCAGCUGAAGUACACCGAAGGCUAUGGCGUUUAUUUAGCGGAAAUCACCAUCAACCAAAAUCUGGAACUGGCCCUCCGGCAGCUUGCAUCUGUGAUGCUCAAGCAGUAUGUUGAGGACUGUUGGGCGGACGAUGGCGAAGAAGGGCAAUCAUCGAAUGGCGCUCUGCUGGUGAACAACGAAGCAAAGAUUGCCAUCAAAACCAUUCUGCCACAAGGGCUGUAUGACCCGAACAGCAAGAUCCGCAGCGUGGUGGCCUACUCCAUUUCCAACAUCGCCUCGUACGAUUGGCCUAACGAUUGGCAGGAGCUGUUCGACAUCAUCGUCAAAUGUCUCAGCGGGAACGAGAACUCAGUGCACGGUGCCAUGAAGGUAUUGGUCGAGUUCACCCUGGACUUGGACAAACAGAUCGUGGAGGUUGGCCCCAUGAUUCUGUCGGAAGUGUACCGGAUAUUCGAGGCCCAAAACGUGUACAGCGUGUCAACCCGGAGCUAUGCGGUGGAAAUUUUAACCUCGCUGCUGCGAAGCAUCAACACCCACAUCGAGUCGAAGCAGGAACAGAGCACCAUACUGAAUCCAACGCUGCCGACGUUUAUGCAAAAGAUGAUUGAGGGGUUGACUGUGCCCAAUGGGCCGCACAGCAGCUUUCAGCUGAAGACGGCAAUCAUUAAAGUACUAAAAUACAUGGUCUCGGACAUGCCCAAGUUCGCCAACCAGUACCUGGCAACAAUUCUUCCUCCAAUCUGGCAGCUGUUAACCCAGAUGGCCGAUGUCUACAUCAAGGUCGUUGUCAACGAAACCGAGGAGAAUCCAUUCGUCAGCAAUACUGAAGACCGCAUAAUUCCAGACGACGACGAAAGCGAAGACUUCACUACGAUGAUCCUGCAGACGUUCGAAUUUCUGCACACCAUCAUUGAAGUGAAGAAAUACAAAGGAGCCGUUACGAACGUCCUUACCGACCUUAUCUACAUUGUGAUUCUGUACAUGCAAAUGACCGAGGAGCAAGUACAAAGCUGGCAUGAUGAUCCGGAAAAGUUCGUCGAGGACGAAGACGAGCAAGGGAUCGAUUUCACCAUUCGGUCCACCGUCACCGAUGUGCUGCUCAUCAUCGGUCAGGAGUACGAACAGAAGCUGUUACCCUGCAUGUCGGAGGCCCUGACCAAGCACAUUGCCGUGGCGGAUGCCGAUCGCAAUGCCGGAAAUCCUCACUGGUGGAAGGUGUACGAGGCGUCGAUGCUGGCGGUGGGAUCCUUCAAAGAUCUGAUCGUCGAAAACGAGGGCAACUUCGACAUGGCUCAGUACAUGAAUCUUGUAAAGAACACCAUGGAGUAUCAGCUUGCGAAAGAAACAAAAGUUUCACCGUAUCUUCUUGGACGAUGUUUGUGGAUAUUCAGCCGAUACUGCGACUGCAACAUCUAUGAUCAGGCAACUCUUCAGCAGGUUAUUGACAUUACCAUCAAUAGCAUGUCGCCAGAAAAGCCCAUUGUGCUGAAGAUUGCAGCUGCUAGAGCAAUCUAUGGUUUCUGCACGAAUCUACGCGAAUGUAACGACGAGCGCAAAACUUUCCUUGUUCCCAAAUUGGAGCAGUUCUUCGAAUGUAUUAUGCCCCUAUUCAGUCAAUCGCAGAACACCGUCCAAGGGUUACUACUGGAAACUUUGACGGCCAUAAUCUCGUACGACGCCAACGUUACGGCUGCCAUUUCGAGCAAGGUGGUAUCCCUCACUAUCGCCAUGUUCCUCAAAUAUCACGAUGAUCGCUUCAUCCUGGAAAUGGUACAGGACAUUUUGAAAAUCCUCUCGCAAAACCCCUUGUGCCUGGUGCCACUUCAGGAGAAAAUAAUCCCAACCCUCAUAAGCAUCCUCAAUUCCGAAGGGGCACAAACGUCCGCCAUGCAGGACAUUGCGCUGGACAUUCUGUGCACGGUGGUCAAAUACUCUCGAGGUCCACUUUCGGGCAUCAUGGUCGAGAGUGCCUUCCCAGCGGCCGUGCAUUGCAUCCUGCGAACGGAGGAUCACUCGGUCAUGCAAUCCGGAGGGGAAUGCCUGAGGGCGUUCCUAACAGUCGAUCCGGAACAGAUCUGCGGCUACAAAAACGGCGAAGGUUUGAACUACAUCAUGCAAGUGACGACUAUGCUGCUAAAUCCCAUGAACACCGAAUCUACGGCAGCCUUCAUUGGCCGGCUGGUGAUCACGAUCAUCACUAAGGUUGGCAAUCUGCUGGGCGACAAUGUCGAUCUGCUGUUGAAAGCUGUGAUCAGCAAAAUGCAGCUGGUUGAAUCGUUGAACGUAAUCAUGAGCCUGGUCAUGAUCUUCGCACACCUUAUUCUAGUCCAAAUGGAUGCGGUGCUCAACUUCCUGAGCACCGUUCCUGGUCCUACAGGUGAACCGGCUAUGACCUUCGUAUUUGCCAACUGGCUGAGCCGGCAGCAUAUGUUCUACGGAUCAUACGAGCGGAGAGUAAGCACGAUGGCUCUUUGCAAGUUGUUCGAAUACGGUGUCACGACCAAGGAUGAACGGCUUAACUCGGUCAUGAUCAAGGAACCGGUCAUCAAUCCUCAGCAGGGUCGAAGAACUCGUUCAGCAGCCGCCAAGGCACAACAGGAGUGGGUCGAUGUCCCCAUCCUGCUCAAAAUUUUCAAGCUACUGGUAAACGAACUCUCCAACCUUAAAGAGGCCAAAGAAGCACUCGAACAGCAAAGCGAUAACGACGAUUCAGAGGAGUCGGACACCGAAGGAGAUGUUAGAAAACCACUCCACUUGGCGGCAUUGCUCAUGGCUGAAGAUGAGGACGAACAAGACGAUCAGCAGAUGAUGCAGGAACUACUUCAGAAUCCAAUGUUCCAGUGCGACAUGCAAGAAUAUCUGGUCAAAUUCGUACAAAGUUUCAGCCGAGACGAGCAUUUCCGUGUGUUUCUGGAAAAGUUGGAAGACGCGGAGAAGCUUAUCCUGACCGACUUCGAAAUCAACGUCUCGUGAAGUUUGGUUGGCAUUUAAGCGGUAUGUAUGUACUAUUUGUCGAAAGUUAUAUUGAUGUAGGUAGACGCUUUGCACGAAGUGUGGGUUUACUGCAUCCCAGUGGUAUGUUAAGUUUAAUACAAAUAUAUAAAUGUCAGAUAAAUAA